AUCAUUAGCAACUUCAGCCUGAUCUUUUGCUUGCAUAUUGUAUUCCAUAACAACAAGCUUCACUUUUUGAUCCAAUUGGAUGUAGCACUCUGUGUCAUUUAAAAGGAUACUGAAAGGACUCUAAAUUAGAGCAUUACUCUGCAAAACGUUCUGAAUGCCAAGACGUUGGCUGCACUUAGGGAAAGUCAGCUUUAAAGAGUCUCUUUUAUUGUGAUAACACUAUAGAAAGGCCAUCUUAAAAAAAAAUCUUUCUUUUAAUGGAUUUGUUGCUUUAAAACUAAGCCUUUCUUAAAAUGCUUUUAGUGUACGCCAAAGUUGUUGGGUUUGUUUGUUUGUUUGUUGGCGUUCAUAUUAUAAUAUUGCACUUGUAUAUUUAUUUGCAUUUCACAUGCCUCUUCCAUCAGAGACUCUCAAAGUGCUUUACAAAUAUUAAUCAUCCUCUCCCGUGUGAGGUAGGGGAGUAGUCUCUAUGUCAGAGAGGAGCAGACACACUGGUACAGUGAAAUGUAAGUUAUACAUUGCUGGGCCAACCUGGCCAGUUACUCAAGGUUAGUAAGACUGCUGUACUGAAGGAAGGGAUAGCACCAAUGCCCUUCUUCUGGGUUUGCAGCCAGAGGAAACAGUCAUAAGGCAAUCGGAAUCCCUGCCAGCAGAUUGUGAUGAGAGGAUGUGAUGGCCAUACCCUUCCACAGUUAGUGCUGCCUCUUUUUCAGGCUGAGGGGGAUGUCUGUGGCCUUGUAGAAUGUGGCUGCUCCCGCACAAUCUUCUGCACUGAGAUGGCAGAAGCUGGCAUAGGCCCUAGGUGUGGCCGGCUGGUUAAGUAACUUGCCCAGUCACACAGGAAGGCUUUUGGAGUGUCAGGAAUAGAAUCCAGAUCUCCCAAUAGCCACAUGGCCGUCCUCCCUCUCCACGGAGAUCAGUGUAUCCUCUACGGCAGGAGCCACCAUCUCCGUGCUGCCAGUUAUGGCCUGCCAUUGAGAAAGAACCGCCCCAAGCCACAGACAGAGCUGUGCAGUAUCAAUGUGAUGCAGAUGUGGUAGCUGGUCACGAGCCUGGAUGUGGCUUUUGGCAGAGGUUAGAGUGUGAUGGUUUGGGGAAUGGGUCAGGAAUCUUUCUGUUGGCAGGGUCAGGAAUCUGUUAAGCGUAACUGUAUAUUUGUGCCGACUCCAUCUCUUAGCUACCAGCUGCGGAUUGAGUGUAUGCUGUCAUAUGAAGAGACCGCUGUCAUGCUAGAUAUGCUACAGCCAAAAGCAGAAGCAAUCAGGAAAGCCUGUGAAGAUCUUCUAACGACCCAUCGUCUGCCAGUUUUCUGUCAACUGAUUCUCAAAGUUGGAAACUUUCUUAACUAUGGAAGUCAUACUGGAGAUGCUGAUGGCUUUAAAAUUAGCACUUUACUCAAACUAACUGAAACCAAAGCAAACCAAACCCGUGUUACUCUUCUCCACCAUAUUCUGGAGGAAGUAGAGAAAAGUCACACAGACCUCCUGCAGCUUCCCAAGGACCUUGAAUGUGUCUCAAAGGCAGCCGGAAUUAACCUUGAAAUCAUACGUGCGGAGUCCAGUUCCAAUUUAAAGAAGCUGCUAGAACUUGAGCAAAAGGUUUUGUCAUCGAAAGACGACGUGAAAGCCCAGUAUGAGACGCCCAUCCAGGACAGCAUAAAUGCAUCAAAGAAGUUGGAGGAGGAGUUUGAAAUCAUUGAAAGGAAGAAGGGGGAACUUGCAAAUUAUCUCUGUGAAGAUGCAAACAAGCUGUCAUUAGAAGAUAUAUUUAGCACCAUGAAAACCUUCAGGGAUCUCUUCAUCAGAGCACUAAAGGAAAACAAGGACAGGAAGGAACAAGCUGUAAAGGCAGAAAAAAGGAAGAAACAGUUGGAAGAGGAAGAGGCUAAGAGACAAAAAGGAGACAAUGGGAAGAUCAUUAAGAAAGGGGCCGUGAAGCAGGACGAGGUGUGUGUUAUUGAUGCCCUGCUGGCCGACAUAAAGAAAGGUUUCCAGUUGCGGAAAACGGCUAAAAACAAGAGUGCGCCGGACACUGCUCCUAAAGCCUCACCUGCCGAAACGCUGAAGGAGAGAGAGCCUGGAAAGAGUGUUGAUGAGUCAGAAACAGCAGCAGCGAAGGAAAGUGCCUCUGAGACCAAGCGAAAGGAUGGCAGUCAGCACACAGAAAACACUCCGGCCUCAGAAGCUGCUGCCACUGCGAAGGCUACCGGUAGAGUUGUCAAAGAGACACCAGCUUCCGACGAAGUGCUUCCUAAAGACAGAGCUGGAGGAAGUUCGCCACAACAGCCCUGUACUGACAGGAGCGCCUUACCUUCAACUGAAGUUGAGGGAACCCAUCAGCCCAACAAUGGAGUGAGUAUUCAGCAGAUCAACGGCUCGUGUAGCUUUCAAGAGAAUGUGGAAUACAACGCCAUUGUGUUCACGCCAUCGAACCCCGGAACAACUAUAAAGUUUGCAAGCAGCUAUUCAGGUAACUGUACUGGUUUAGAAGAGGAAUUGAACGGAUCCCUCUCAGGAGACAAAAACAGUGAAUCCGGACCCACUCAGUUAGAAAGAGGCCUGGUGUCUAACGAUCAAACGUCACAACCAAGUGAUGCAGUUGGGAACGAGGCUAAAACCAGAGCUGAACUAGCACCUGGCAGUGCUAAAAUGACUCCAACCAAUGAGUCGAGUUCUCAGCAUACAGAGUUAAGGGGGACAGAGAAAGAAAAUGACGACCUGGCCGCAGACUCCUUGCUGGACACCUCGCAGGAGAAAUCCUUCUCAGAAGAGCCAGUGACUGAUUCCUCUUGCUCAGCAACAGUCCCUCCGGCGCAAGCACUUACUGACAAGGAAGGGCAAAGAGGGUCUGGGAAACGGAGAAAGAAGAAACGACACAGCAAAAGCCUGUCAGCAGAGGUUGACAUUGAUACUGGAGAUAAUAAAACCAAAAAUCGUUGUGUGAUACAGUGAGGUGUCACAGCAAAGCAGAAGAAUAAAUAACAAGGAGUCAGUGAAACACUGACAAAUCCAUAUAAUGCUGCCAUACUCUAGGAAGCACGUUCCACAGUGUUGAAAUUCCAUUACUGAUCAUGUUUGUAGUAAUAUCUUGGGAUGUAAAGUUUCUUCUAAAAUGGUCUUUCACUAAUCCUUCCUUGGGGAUUCUGUGUAUCCAGCAAAUAACCGCCAGAUGCAAGAGACUUAAGCACCUUCAGAAUGUGCCUUAUGUGAAUGCUGCCAGGGUCUGAUGCUGAAAAUGCUCCAUACCCAGAACUUCUGUGGAAGCUGAUGGGAGUUCCAUGUGUCGAGGGCUGAUAGGAGUAGGCCACUGAUAAACUUCACUUGGGGUCAAAUCCUGCAGUCCCUUCCUAGGCCAAACUCCUACUGAAGACAAUGAGGGCAUGGCCUGGGGAAUGACUGCAGCAUUUUACCCCAUGAGUCAUUUUAGAGACAGCAGUGCCUCCAAAACUGAAUUAUGGGUAAAAGUAGGCACUGUCAUCAGCAUCUGAUUGGAAAUCUGUUACUUCCCAUUCUAGUGCCGUACCAGCAGUUGGAACUGAUGUUGGACCAAAUAAAAGACCCAAUUCAGAUGAACAUACUUUCCCUUGCUAUCAUUUUAGACAGGGGAUAUCUAUUAAAGGAAAAUGUAUUGUAGUGAACAGCUGGCUGUUUGAACACUAAGGACUUGUCUAUAUGGAGAGUUAGUUCGCGUCAAGUUGGAGUUCAAAUGUACAAUGCACUGGCCUGCUGCGAACUAACUGGUCAUGUGGGCCCUGGUACCACACACUAGAAGUUUUACGUUGCACUUUGAUCUACUCCAGUUUCAGUUUGGGGCAGUAUUCUACCUAUUUCAAAUGGGAGUAGAUCAAGGCACACUACAGAACUUCGAGUGGGCAUUCAGAGGGUCCACACUGCCUGUUAGUGCAUGUGACAGGGUGGGGCACUACACUCCAGCUUGCUGCACACUAACUCUCCAUAUACACAAGUCCUAAGGCCUGGAUCCUGCAAAGACUUAAACACACGUUAACUUUAAGCACAUGAAUAGUCCUAUGGAGUUCAGUGGAAUUUCUGAUGUGCAUAAAGUUAGACACAUGCAUGAGUCUUUGCAGGUCUGGGGCCUAGAGUAUCUAUUUUGUUAAAGAAACAGGAAGAGAUUUUUCUAGGGGGAUCCAUUCAAAAUAUUUUAAACUAAUGUUAUUUUGCAAAUCUCUGGUUCUGAAUAUUCAUUGACUGCUGCAUGCACUCAAAGGCAUUUGGACUCAAACUACAGAAUGUUUAGAGUCUGUUUCAGUUUAAAAGAUAGUUAUGCAAUUUGUGCUUUAAAACUGGGAACCUGCAGUAUUUUGUGUUAAGAAAUCAGAGUUUUAUUUCUGAAUUAUGUUUUAUAAUAACCUUGUACCAUGUAAUUUUGUACAUAGCUGUCAAUUUAAAAUUCUAUAUGUUUGUUCAAUUUGUAUUGCAGUAUUAGAUUGCAGUGGGAACUGUGUGGAAAAUCAUUACUUUUAGCAAUCAUGCCUAUAUACAAUAACUUGCUGAGCAUAUAUAAUAGUCUUCAGGUUAAACCGAUUUUGCACUGCUUAUUUAGAGUGGAUCAAGGGUCAUUUACUAUUGAAGUUCAGAAUUAAAACAGGGGCUACCUUUAACUAAAAACUUUGCUUGGAGUGUAGUGAAAAUUGGUUAACUACAGCAAUUACCAGUUUAGAAUGGACCGCUACCUUUAUCAGAUUCGGCUGCGGAAAUCCUCUGUAGCAGUGUAGCAAAGCUGCAUUUGAAAUCGUGUUCACCACUGGCGUAAACAUGUAGAGGUUCAUUAACUUCAGUGGAGCUGCACUGUCAGCAAUGAAUGGGACCCUUCGUAAUGAGAAAACACACAUACACACACAAUCUAUACACAAGAGCUUAGGGGUCAAUCACCGUUGUAAUGGUCAUGGCUGGAGGGCUAGCUGCACCCUGUCCCCUUUUUGGUCUCUCUGAAUGCAUCCCCUCAAGUGUCAGGCCUCGUGUCUUUACCUAUCCCAGGCUGGAAAUCUACAGUUCUCCCACUCAGACUGGUACCUGGGCUUCAGUACCCAGCAGGUCUGACUGGGUUCCGCACUUAUGGUUCUUCCCUUUGGGAGCCUGUGGCCGAUGGUGUCUAGUGACAAAACUGCCUUAGUGAAACUGGAAUAUUGUUCAUUCUAUGUAUAGUAACAAAGCAUGCAGAUAAAAAGCAUUUUAGGACAACAAACAGUCCACACUUGUCCAUCUUACCCAAAGGCUUACCAUCCCCUCAGGGUCACCUAGUCAGCCCUAAUUUCUUCAGACAGUCCAUCCAACGCCUGCAUCUUAGUCUGGUUCCCCCAAACAAUGACUCGUCUCCUCAGAGAGCACCCCUCCCUAAACUGUCAGAGUUGCUUUGUUCUCACAUUCUUGGGCUUUGUCUUUGGAAAAAACUAGUUUUGGAGGUUGGCUUGGGAGGAGGUAAAAUAUUGAUGCUAUAAGGGUAUGAGCAUUGCCCACUGAACAACACUCCUGAGCCAUGCUUCUUCCCUUCCUGCUUGUUUUCUUUAUAGCCACCUACUAAACUAAACCAAUAUAUUCACACAAUAAACAUCCCAAAAGCCAGGUCAACACUCACUGUUCAUAAAUCAUGACAGAGCAGUUCCAAUUUUGUCACAGGAAUAAUUUAGCAAGAAUACAGGUGACUGCGACAGGGAGGGAAGAGGAAGGCUGUCUGAGUGGGAUGUGCAGUUUUGGGUAGUAUUUUACCUGUGAUCUUUGCGAGAAGCUCCCAUUGAUUUUCUCCCAAAAGAGCUAAGUAGUCCUCAUGAUUUCUUAGUAGUCACAUCAGGGCCAAAUUCAGUGCUGGUGUAAGCAAGGCCCUUCUAAUUUGUUUCAAUGGAGUUGCAUCCACUUAUGCCAGCAGAGCAGUUAAUUUGGCCACCAGAAAGAAACUCACUUUUCCUUCAAGUAUUUUAGUAAAAUUACAGCAAACAAACAAAUUAGAGUGCAUUAAACAAGCAAGCCUGUGAAAGCCACAAGCUUCUAGGUAUCAGGUUAACUGUCCAUGUUCAUUUAGCAUUAAGCAGCAUCUGCAUGAUUAAUCUAUGGUAUAAAUAAAUUCAAACACCUUUUUUUUUUUCAGGGUCCUUGCAUGAGAGGUAGGGGUUUUUUCUUCUUCAUUUCAACAUUUUGAAGAAAUUUUUUAAAAUUUAGAAUUUAAAAAAAUGGAAAAGAUGAAUUCACAACUUUCCUGUUUUUGAGGGGGAGGAUUCCACUCUAUUUUGUAUGGUUACAGAUAUGGUUAUGGGGAUUAUAAUUAUAAAGUUAACAUAUUACAUUGUAGACUAAAUAAAUAUUCCUACCGGAAUCACUUAUUUAACACAAUUUUAUCCCAGAGAAUCUCAGUCCUUCCCGCAGUGAAAAGAAACAGAAAAUAAAUCAAAUUGUGAAACUAAUAGUACAUUUCACAUUUCAGUUGCAUUCCUUUUCCACCCUCCUCCCACAUCUGUACAGCGCCUAAAGCCUUCAUCCUGCAAUCCAUAUGCACAUGCUUAACUUUAUGCACUUGAGUAGACGCCAGAGAAGUCAGCAGGACUUCUCAUAUGUCAAGUUAAGCAUGUGUGUCGAUCUUUGCCCGAUGAGCGCCUUACAUUGCAAGCUCUUUGGACUUUGUCUCCUACUUGGCUAUAAAACACCUAAGCACACUGUUGAUGGCAUACACAUAGUAACAAUUGUCACAUAGUUAUUUUCUCUCAUACUGACCUUGUCUAUGAAUUUACAAUAGUUUUUGACCUACAGAUGGUGCUAACAAUUUCCACAUUCAGUACAAUGUCAACGGGAGUUGUGUGUAGAAUGGGGCUAGAAUGGCUUUUGUGUACAAAAGUUAUGUAAAUACCUGUCUGCCAUGGUCUCUUCAUUAUUUGAUUCACUUGUUAUGUGCUAUUUGGGAGAGAAGAUUACAGAAGCACCAAAGGAAAUUUACAAUAAAUGUAAAAGUUAACCAAUUUUCAUCCCCUCUAAAUGUAAAGCCUAGUUCUACAGUUAACAUUUCUGGGUUUCUGUAUGUAAAGGAUUGGUUUUCUGUACACAGUACUCUAUUUGGAGUGCAAUAUAGAGCUUACCAAUAAUAAAUCAGCA